UCUCCGACAAAACUGCCGCCAAUGGGUGACGACACAAGACACGGCCAAGUAUGGGGUACAAGGGUAACUAGACAUCAAAGAGACUUAGACUGUGUGCAUUUCCCGGAUUCCACCCGUUUUGCCAACAUGAAGACUCGCCGAAUUGCGGUUUCUGGCAGCUUAUAAAAUAGUUCCUAGGCAGGCCUCAAAGUGUUUCUUAGUUAUCUGCCAGUGAUCUCAAAAUGACUUCGAACUUCUUAUACAGCUUAGGAACCAUUGCGACUUCGCUGUCGCUUCUCGUGACAGCUGCUCCCACGCAGACGUCGCAAUGCCAGCCAUGGACAAUACACAAACCAGAUCGCAUCUUCGUUCUCAGCGACAUAUCCAAUGAACCGGACGACUCUAUGUCUCUAGUGCGCCUUCUCUCCCAUUCCGACAUGUACACUGUCGAGGGCUUGGUUGCUACCACGUCCUUCUGGCUACCCAACGGCACUCGACCGGACGAAAUCCAUAAAGCAGUCGAUGCAUAUGGGAAAGUGCGCGACAAUCUCCAAUCACACAGCAACCUCACCUUCCCAACAGCAGAAGAUCUGAGCGCAAAAAUCGCAAGCGGGCCCACGGUAUACGGAAUGGAGGCGAUAGAGGCUUUGGAGGCAGGGGAAGACCUCCCGCCAGGCUCUGCAGCACUUAUUGAAGCUGUCGACGCAAGUGAAGAGCCUCUCUACGUUCAGUUAUGGGGCGGCGCCAAUGCACUAGCUGCCGCUCUCUGGUCGGUGAAUCAAACUCGUUCCGCCCACGAGAUUGCUGUUUUUACGUCUAGACUACGCAUCUAUUCGAUUUCGGAUCAAGACGAUGCGGGUCCAUGGGCACGAUAGCACUUUCC